UAGCUUAAAACGCAUAUAUAUUGCCACAUGUAGGUGUACUUGUUCAUUUGCAAAAUAAUUGCAUGCAUCUGGUUUUUGAAGUCCAAAGCUUCAAAGAUAUUACAUAAGUAUCUAUUGAAAAGUGGAUGCACUUUUGAAAAGUCAAUGCUCUCUGAGAACUUUCCCCCAAGAACAUUAUUUGUGUUGUUCGCUUUAAAUAUGGUCGCGUCGGUGAAGGUCAUAGUUGUGGUUCUCGUUGUCCUCAUCCCGUCAUGCCUUGCUUUCUCGACUCACGCACCAACGACUGUUUGUGAAGAAAUGAAACCACAUCAUGACAAUCACGGCCCAAAGCCACAUAACACCAGUCCCUACACACUCAGCGUCUCUCCCAAUUCGUAUACCAUCAAUUCACAGCUGAACAUCACGAUCGCAGGCGCUCUUUUUCAUGGGUUUAUGAUCCAAGCAAGACGAGUAAACACCAGUGAACCCCCGUAUCCUAUAGGAACAUUUAAGAAUCCUUUGCCUGAUAAAACUACCCAGAUAUGGUGUUCUGGGGGGGAGCCUAUGAAUACCGUUAGUCACAAGCAUCCGUCCAAGGUUAACUUCACAUCAGUGCAUCUGACAUGGCAGGCACCAGSUCAGGGCGCGGGAGAUAUCCGCUUUUACUUAACUAUUGUCCAGAAAUUUGACAUAUACUGGGCUAAGAUAAAAUCAAAUGUUAUAACUGGACCGGCAGCACCUCCAGCGGCCAACAUUUCCCUUCAAGCAGACUUUCAGAUAACCAAACAGGGUUGUGGUGUGACGAAGGGAUGCUAUUCCGAGCCUCCAUCUUGCAAAGACAGCAWAGAUUGUACUUUCCUCUUGACGUACAAAGACACGGGUGAUAACGUUACGUUUGAGAUCAGUUCAAUGGUUGGCUAUGGUUCUGUAGGAUUUAACUCAAAACAGGAAAUGAACAACACCGACGCUAUAUUCUGUUCAAAAUUGGCCACGAGUGAAGUUGUAGUUAGAAGCUACUUUCUGGAUUAUCAUCAGCCACUGCGCCAUGAUCUGAGAUCAUCAAGUAUCAUUACACCGCUUCAAAGUGCUUAUAACAAUGGCGUCGUCAAAUGCAGAUUUUCACGCAAGAAAGCGCCACAGAAAGCUAAAAUGCUUGAUCUCAGUAAAAACUGGUAUUUCAUCUUUGCCUGGGGACAUGUUUCUUCCACGGGUCAAGACCAGUAUCACCGCGAAAACGCUUCUUAUUCUAACGCUACGGUCGAUAUCAGSAAAAAUCUCAAUUUGGUCAAUGGUAGACCGCCGAAAACCGUCCCCACCCCCACUCCAGGCAAGGUCACAAAGACUGGUUGCGGUAAAACCAAAGGAUGUUAUUCCGAACCAAGGGAUUGUAAAUCAAGCGAUGAUUGUGAUUACCUCUUGACGUACCAGUCUGAUAAAACAAAGAUUACGUUUGAAAUGAGUGCGAAAACAGACUGGGUGGCCGUUGGGUUUAACAGCAAAGCUAAAAUGGACGGUACAGAUGCUCUGAUUUGUUCUCGCGAAGGAUCCAAUGUCCAGAUAGCACAUUACGACAUCAAAAACUACAAUCCACCAAUCAAAAACAACCAGGGCUCCUCUAGUCUUAAAGACUCGRCUGGCAAAUUUGAUGGUGGAGUUUUACAAUGCAAAACUUCGCGAAAUCUCAAACAGCCGGGGAUGAUGGAUCUGUCGGAGAGAGUUUUUCUGAUAUUUGCACGCGGACCGACUAGUGGAUCACAGAUACAGAKGCAUACACACAAAUCCUCAACAGUUGGAAAAGUAGAUGUCAGCUCUACAGAAAAUCUAGAAGCCGCUGGAAAGAACAUUGCUCUGAUACGGGCUCAUGCUGCUCUGAUGUCCAUUGCUUGGCUUCUUUUCGCGUCACUGGGCAUGUUCAUCGCUCGUUAUAUGAAGCCUAUUUUUGGAGAGAUCUUGGRCAAGAAGGGUUGGUUUCAGUUCCAUCGCUUGUUAAUGGUCAGUACUCUGCUUUUCUCCAUCGUUGGAAUCAUUCUCGCCUUCGUCUAUCUACAGGGAUGGACAGAGGCUUAUGUUGGUCACGCUGCCAUUGGUAUAGUUGUCCUUGUACUCGCUCUAAUUCAACCCAUCAUGGCUUUAUUCAGACCUGGACCAGGAGACGACAAACGUUACUUGUUCAACUAUGCUCACCGCAGUGUUGGCCUACUGGCCCUGAUCUUAGCAGUUGUAAACUGUUUCCUUGGAGUUGGCCUGCCGCAAUUCAAAAACAAAGAGGGUGAAAAUUAUGGUCUGUAUCCACUGAUCGUCUACUGUUGCGGAGUAGCCCUGGUACUAGUAUUUGAGAUUGUACUUCUCGUUAAGAGCAACAAAGGCUAUGAUAUGGAUCAGCCCAAGGCCGCAAUGAAAAAUGGGAAGGUGGAGGUCGAGACCCGCAAGCUUCCCCCGCAGAAUCCUGAAAAUAACAAAAGCCUGAAAAUAAUCAUGUUUGGUUUCGUGACGAUAUUGGUUAUUGGAUGCUGUUUGGCUUUAAUCAUUCUUAUUGCACGUGAUAAUGACGAUGACUAAUUUCUGAAGUGAAUAGCAAAAAAAAAAAAAAAACGAAAAAAUUAUCCAACGCGACUGUGCUCAUUCAAA